AAUAACGUCUUUGACCCCCAAAAAAACUCCCGAGUAAAUUACAAAAGACGACAGAGACAAUACAAAAAAAAAACAGAGAGACGAAGAUGAUUGACUAGAAAGAUACUACUUACUUUGGCCAAGCCACUACUGCUCAGACAAUAACUCACUUCUCUCUCUCUCUCUCUCUCUCUCUCCCCUGCAAUGUCGCAGCCUCUCACAGCAACUAGACCGACCAACGCCGCAACCUCUAUAUUCCCUCUCCGCCAGCCGCCGCCGCUCUGUUCUUUCCUCUUCAUCAUAGUCCUUAUCGUCGCCACUUUCUACACUCUCCACCACCCAGACGCAACUCCUCCUCUCCUCUUCUCCCAUAACGCCCUCACUCUCCGCCGCCUCUUCCUCUCCUCCGCCUCCAACGCCACCGUCUCCUCUUACCUCCGCGCUCUGACCCGCCAUCCUCACCUCGCCGGAACAAAACCCUCUCUAGACACUCUCAGCUACGUCACAAACCACUUCCAAAGCCUCGGGCUCGACACUCACCUCGCCGAGUACGAGGCUCUCCUCUCUUAUCCUGCGCACAUCUCCGUCGCGGCGCGUUUUAGCAACAACACGACGGUGGAGUUCGACUUGAACGACGGCCCCGGAGACGAUGAUGUGGUUAGGCCUUACCACGCUUACUCGCCGUCUGGAUCGGCGCAGGGUAACGUCGUGUUCGUGAACCACGGCGAGGAGAGAGACUACCGCGCGCUUGAGCUGAUCGGAGUGAGCGUUAGAGACUGUGUGGUGUUAGCGAGAAAGGGGGAGUCUCUUGGGAGAGGAGGUAUCGUGAAGAUAGCUGAGGCUAAAGGUGCGCUUGGGGUGCUAAUAUACGCCGAGAACGACGGUGGUGGAUUCGGGGGAAUUGAGAGAGGUACGGUGAUGAGAGGGAUCGGAGAUCCGGUUAGUCCGGGCUGGCCCGGAGUUGUCGGAGGAGAGAAACUGAGUUUGGAAGAUGAUCGUGUCGCUCGGAGAUUCCCAAAGAUUCCAUCUUUGCCUUUGUCUCUACGCAAUGCAGAGAUCAUAUUGGCUUCUCUGGGGGGAGCUAGAGCUCCGGUGGAGUGGCGUAACUCGGGUCGGGUCGGGUCAGGUCAACGGGUUGGCCCAGGACAGACGGUUGUUAACAUGACGUUACAGGGGGAGUUGACAAUGAAGAAAGUUCACAAUGUUGUGGCUACUAUAAGAGGUAGUGAGGAACCUGACCGGUACGUGAUUCUUGGGAACCAUAGAGACGCGUGGACGUAUGGAGCUGUUGAUCCAAACAGUGGAACAUCAGCUUUACUCGACAUUGGUCGACGAUUCUCUGUGUUGCUUAAAUCUGGUUGGAGACCACGUAGGACCAUUCUUCUUUGUAGUUGGGAUGCAGAAGAGUUCGGAAUGAUUGGAUCAACUGAAUGGGUCGAAGAAAAUGUUCUGAACUUAGGUGCAAGUGCUGUGGCUUAUCUUAAUGUGGAUUGCGCAGUCCAAGGCUCUGGGUUCUUCGCUGGUGCAACGCCUCAGUUAGAUGGUCUUCUUUUAGAUGCCUUGAAGUUGGUCCAAGAUCCUGAUGAUGUAGCCUUGACAGUUGAAGAGACAUUCAAGUCUCAGAAUAACAUUAUAGAGAGGCUAAGUAGAGUAGAUUCUGAUUUCUCCGGGUUUCUUCAUCAUGCUGGAAUAGCGUCUAUAGACAUGUACUAUGGUGCAGAUUAUCCUGUCUACCACACUGCUUUUGACUCCUAUGAUUGGAUGAUCCGCAAUGCAGAUCCGUUGUUUCAUCGUCAUGUUGCCAUGGCUGGAGUUUGGGGACUUUUAGGAAUCAUCUUGGCUGAUGAGCCAGUCUUACCGUUCAAUUACAUCUCUUAUGCAGAACAGUUGCAGGCACAUAGAGAUGCAUUGAGCAAGCUCUUACAAGGGAAAGCCUCUGUUGAUCCCUUGAGCAUGGCGAUACAAGAGUUCUCUUUAGUUGCUAAAGAAGCACAAGAUGAAGCAAAGAAGCUAAAGGAACAAGCAUACAACAAAAAUGAUGUUGCAGCAGCUGCCAAGAGAAGAGAGUUAAAUGAUAGGAUGAUGCUUGGGGAAAGAGGGUUUUUGGAUUCAGAAGGGAUCAAAGGGAAAGAAUGGUUCAAGCAUCUUGUGUAUGGACCUGCAGCUGAACCAGAGAGCAAGCUAGGUUUUUUCCCGGGAAUAGCUGAUGCUAUUGCAACAAACUCAUCAGAGGGAAUGAUCGAGCAUGAGAUAUGGAGAGUUGCGAGAGCGAUUCAGAGAGCAAGCAGAGCUCUUAAAGGAGGGUUCACUUGAGAAAAAAAACUCCGUUUGUAUAUAUGUAUUGUGUGACUGUAGAUUGUUGAAGCAUAGCCUCUUACCUUAUGAUGUUAACCAAAAUAACAGUGUAGUAUUAUUCAACACACGUUCAAGACUAAUAGAAUCUUGGUUUUAAACUCAAAA